AUGUCAGCGAACUUAAGACUAUCCUGGGCUGGCGACUUUGAUCGUUUGAACGAGUUUGUAAAGAGUGACCUGGAGUUGCAAGGAUGCUGGUCAUCCCCGGCGAACGAGAAGAAACUUUUCGUGGCAAACAACGUCGAGCUGCUCUGGUGGAAAAACAAAAAGUUCCUAAAGAUCAAUGGAGAGGAUGCAAAUCGAAUUAAAUGUUGUAUGAUCAACGCUAUGUUUACGAGUUUAAACCUCGAUAGUGUCAAGUCUAGCGUGGACAUGGCUACUAACACCGAGAACUCCUUCAACGAAAACCAACCAACACAACAUCAGUGUACGGGUUGUGUAUGUUCGAAGUUAUCACCAGACUUGGAGGGUUUGAAAUUAAACUUGGUCGUUUUGGAAUCGAAACUCAGCCAUAAAAUCCAAGCCAUGGAAAACCAAAUACUACGCAUGAACGAUUGCCGACCAAAAGAGCCGAAAAAUCAUGCAAAUCUCGAAAAUAUGUUGACAACCUCUACAUCCACUAGCAGCGGCGGCACGAACAAAACAAAAGAGGUUAGUAAGUCAAAUCCUCACAAUAAUCCCGUUGUUGUUCGGACCGCUAACGAUGCAUGCUUCACACCAAUAAAAGUACCGGACAACACAGAAACUUUUACGGCUAUAGAUCAGUCAUGCGAGAAAACUUCACACCACGAUUUAGUACCAUUGCCAAAAUCCAUCAAUCACUCACAAGAGGAAUUAACCCUGACAAAGGUGGUUUUCCAUGUUAGGAACAAUAGUGAACAGUGGAAAGUAGGUGAGCUUUCCCAUGAGGUCAGAAAUCUAAACAUACUUUCUGCCACCAGUAAUACCAAACAAUCGCAUAAAAGUGCUUCUACAAAUAUAAAUAAAAAACCCCAGUGGAAACAAAGCCGAAGGCACUUUAAAUGCUACGCCAAACGUGUUGAAUUCAAAAGAAACAUUUCAGAUCCCUGUCCGAAUUAG